UUGAUUUUGUGUGGCGCCGAUGUUAGAACCCGGAAAUAGUGCUUGUAAACUGGUCGGCGUGGGAUUAAAACCUUGCAUUUAAGAAGACAUUUUACCCAAACGAGGAAAGUACUUCAUUUUGAGGAGGGUGUAGAAGAGGAAAAGAACCGUCUGAAUUCUUGCCCAUAAAAAGGGAUCAAGGUUUUUGGUUGCCAUGGGCAACUUGCUGUUAAAGCUGCGGGGUCCACAGGAUGACGACCCUCAGAUAUUCAUUGAUUUUGAAAAUGCAAGUCCUACCCAGGAUGAAGAGGAGGUUUAUAACACAGUAGAUAAUGUCUUAAUUGAAGCUGAUGGGAUUCUACUAGACUUACAGAAGUAUGGAGGAGCUGGAGAAUCCAUCAGAUCAGCCAUUUGUAACCCAAGAAAUGAGGAUUUGCAGCAGAAAGCGUGGUCAGAUGUCUGUCCGUUGGUGGCCAGACUCAAAAGAUACUUUGAGUACUCACAACAAAUUGAGAAAGUUCUGCGGCCGUUAUUGCAUAUGUUGUGCAGUGACGUUGACAUGAAGCCAGCUGAACAUCUCGACAGGCACCAAGCUCUUGCCAAACAGUUUGCAAGGAUUCUUCACUUUACACUCAAGUUUGAUGAUCUCAAGAUGACUAAUCCAUCCAUUCAGAACGAUUUCAGUUACUACCGGAGAACACUCAGCAGAAUCAAGAUGCAGGAUCCAUCGGAACAGAGUGGUGACCGUACCUUUGCUGUGAACAAUGAAAUGGCAAACAGAAUGUCAUUGUUCUAUGCCGAGGCCACACCAAUGUUGAAGGUUCUCAGUGAUUCAACAACUAAAUUUGUCACUGAAUGUAAACAGGUGCCUGUGGAAAACACAACAGAUAUACUGAGCACCAUGGUCUCUGUAUGUAAACUCAUGAUUGCAAGAAGUGAGCAUUACUCAAGGUUCCAGAAUGAGGAUACCUCAGUGUUUUGUCAGCGUAUCAUGGUUGGCCUUAUCAUUCUCUAUGAUCACGUCCAUCCAGUCGGUGCUUUUGACAAGAAGUCAAGCAUAGAUGUGAAAAGCUGCAUAAAGGUGCUGAAGGAUCAGUCUCCAAAUGAUAUUGACUCCCUGAUGAAUGCUCUAAGGUACACAACCAAACAUUUCAAUGAUGAAAGUACACCAGCAGCUGUCAGGUCACUCCUGACCUGAGUUGACCUUUGACAUGACCUUCAGUUUCAUCCUACCUACAGUUCUCUAUUCCUCAGGUGGUCUUCUUAAUCCCAGGAGGGAUUUGUUAAAUUGAGGGUUUUUGUUUGUUUUCUUUUUGUCUUGAAAUCCAUUUUUUAUAUAUAAAAGUCACUUCACAACAGAUUUCACAUUUUUUGCAAGCUCUGGAGAAUUUUUUAUGGUGAUGUGGUAUUUUUUGUUUUUGGUUGUUGUUCUUUUUUUCUGGUGCAUAAAUACAUGUGUAUAUAACCAUUUUAGAAAUGGUUAUCUACAGGAAUAAGUGACUAUAUCCAACAGAAUCAACAACCUUUGUUAUUGUUAGAUUUUAUUAUUGGGGUCAAAUCUUGUUAAUGUUUGAGGCAUUCCAUUAUCAAGGGUCCAGUAAUGGUAGAUUGAUUACCAGUGUUGCCAUCGGUUACAAAUGUAACACACUGUGCCUGUGAAAAAGCCACAGAUUUAUGUAUAUUUAUUAUAAACAUCAAGUAGCCCUCAUGUAGUUUUUUUGCAAAGCUACUCUGCAUUUUAUACAGGUAGUUUGGACUGCCAACAUUUUUUUUCCAGAAAUAGUUUGAGUUGUCAUGUUAGGAAAUCUACUCCAGGAACCCUUUCUGGAGCAUUUGUAAUUUUGUGUGUUUUGGGGUUUUUGUCACCAUUAUUAUUUACAGUCAAUUUAUAUUUGUUACUGGUUGUUGUUUUUGUUUGUGGUAUUGAAUUACACGUCACAUAGUGAUUGCCUUUGGUACUAUCUCAACCCUAAAUGGCGGAGGAGGUUUAAGGACUGUGUAUAGACCAAAUAACAUGCAACAUCUCAUCUUUACAAAAGAGCUAUUGUGGUGCAAAUCUCUGCAGCCACACUUUGUGCACAGCCCAAUGUAAGAACACAACAACUUUUGAUAUUAUGAAGAGAGUGACACAUUUCAGAAGUUACUCAGCUGUUACUUUUAUCACUCGUAAUUGAUGUUGAAAUCAGGACACAAAAUGAUGACCAGAGUAGUAUCUUGCCUGCCAGGAAAAGCCAUGGAAUGUACAAGGUCAUUCUUUUGUGUAAAGAAUGGGUACAUUUUCUGCAGUGACAUUACCAUAGGGAACAUCACAGAGUUUGUGUGCCCCACUAAAACAAGCUUUCUACACGUUUCUCUUUGGGUGUAAUAACUAAUAAUCAUGAUAAAUCUUUUUAUAGAAUCUUUAUUUUUGUUAUUUUGUACUGUAGAGUUUGAGUCGGUGGAAGAAAUCUCAUGGAGUAUAGGAUGAUGCCACACAGUUUGUAAAAAGAAUUUAAACUAAAUAAAAUCUUAAUGCCUUUAAAAUGGUAAAUGUUUUAAGUGAAAACAAUCUGGAACUCUCUAUCAGGAUAGAAUAUUGUAGAUAGAAACAUAUUUUUUGAUUGAGUAAUGUAUAUUAAAAUUAUGUGUAGUAAUUAAUUAAUGUAAGUCGUCGUCGUCGCCGUUGAAAAAAAUACACAGAUAAAAGAAGUUUGGGAUAUUAUAUGUGUUUACUUUUCAGAACUGAGAUCAACUUUUUUGAUCUGAUAUCAUGAAGUUGCAAUUUUGGUUUAUGCUUGUUCAGAUUCAAUCAUGAUGAACCUCGGUUCAAAUGGUGAAUUUAUUGAUCAUAAACAACUUUCCCAACAUAAGUUGACACUAGAGGGCGGUAUAUAAGAUGAGUGGUAGACUCGAAACAAACCUGAAGAGAACGUAGUACAGUUCCCCCAUUAUUAAAUCUAAUAAACAAAUUCACCAUUUGAACUAGUUGAAACUGUAGGAGUGCUGAGCACUUUAAGGAAAUGUUUUGAGGCAAAGUAAAUCGGACAGUUAUACUUAUAGCAGCUUUGAUAAACAAAAAAUGAGCAAAAAGAACAAUUAAAUAGCAAUAUUUAUAAUUUUUAUUAUAAUUUUCUACAGUAACCCGCUAAAAUUGCACAUGAUGUUUUGAAAGUCACUGCACUGCAUGUGCCUUUCAAAGUUUAAUACGUCUAACAUUCGUGUUAGAAAGCUACUGGUGCAAGAAUGUAACGAUAGCUGAACGCGAACAGGAAGCGCGACCCGGAAUGACGUUUGACCCAGUUGCAACCUUUGACAUCGGUCAAACCAGUUGGUACAUGUAUAUUCUGUACAUGUACGUGUUUUCCAGCAAAUUGUUGUGUUGCUUUUGUAAAUCGUAAAUACAGGGUGUGUAGGUUAGCCAUUCAAUUUCUUGAAUUCCAAAUGAGAUAUGAAAUUAGUAGUAUAUUUUGUAUUUUGUAAAUAUUAUUUGCCGUUUUGAUUUUGUUUAAUUUGCACGUAAUGUAAAAGACGGCCUUUUGCUUAAAAGUGUUGAGCCCUAUUCGAUUGAGUUAGAGUUGUUUAAAAUAAUGGUCUGAUAGUGCUUGCAUGGAAUCAAAUGCUCCACAUUUGAAAAGAAAGUCAGCAAUCUUAAAACAUUCACAAUUCCGAAUGGAUCAUAAACAAAAAAUUAUAUCAAAUGGCGGCUAUAAUGGAGCAAUCAGAAUAUUUACCAUCCUCAGUAACGUGAUGGGACGCAUUGGUCCAAAAUCGAAGACACGUACAGGGCGUUGGAGUAAUUAUUUACUUAAAUUAUACAGAUACAAAUAAUUGCACUUCUUGCAAUAGUGUUAUUGAGUAUAAAAAUACGAUAGUAAGGGUCAAACACCGGGGCGUUUUAAACUAACGGAUCGAUCGCCCUAGGCGUAGUUAUGAUAUUCAAUUUGUUACUUCUGAAAUGCCCCAACAGCUGGAAUUAAUGCAUGCGGUUUAUUUUUUUUGUAUUAAUGCGAUUGUUUUAAUUACUCAGAGAAACAGGCCACAUAGAUUUCCUUCAGUCAGAUUUAUUUAUUAUCUGUUUGAAAAAGCUGGUCUGAGCAGUGUUUGUAUCUUCGAAACAAAAUGCACCAAGCACUAAAAUACGCAUAGUGAUGAAUUAAACAGUUUUCAAUAGUCUUGAUUCGCGACGCUGUUUCUUUUUAUUAGUCGACGGUAGAGGACGCAACAUCCACUGUUUUGGAGGCCGACUCGGAGGGACUGGGCAAGUCUAUGAGUCUGGAUGGAAUCAUUUUUUGAUCCGUGGAUGUGUGUGUGAUACGGAUCUCUCCUCUAUAGUAAUUCGUGUUGCAGACAGGAAAUCACGUUACGAACGUCGCUAAUCGAGACUAAGUAACUUUUUUUUAACAGAAGCACGGAUUAAAGAUAGAAACAAACUAUUCUCGUAACACGUAAACCAAAAACUUGGUUUUGUAACAAAAACCUACCCAGUCAAAAGCAAUGGGAAAAAACUGUGACGAUAAUCUACCUCAGACCUUGAUUGAUAUUAUAUGAAAAGAUCGUCCUCUAUUUUCUUGGAAUAUAACUAUGAUUUAUUAAAUUGAAUUUAGAUCAUUAUGUUAUAACGGAGUUGAAUACAAAAGUAAGUUAAGUCUACUCACUGACAAUGUUUUAGUGCUUUUCCGUGUUGGGGGUAACAGUCCCACCAAUACCUAGUGGGACUCGAACCCACGACAUUAAGUAUCCGUGCAGUUGUCGAAACUAAAACUUCCCAACGUAACUUUCUCGGUUAUGAGACAAGGAUUAAAUGGUCGUUGUUACAAAAGAGCAAGAAAUAUACAAAGUAUAAGAUCAGCUGAUGAAAAUUUGGCUGUUCACUUUCACUAUUGUCGGCCGAGUUCAUUCAGAACAAAUCGUCUGUUCGCUGAUGGGGAAACAAAUCUUCACCGUUAAAUCUGUCGGUUUUUCGUCGACGCGUCUUGUUUUAAACGUCCUCUUCAAAUAAGUUCAAUAAUAGGUACAAUUCGGGAUGAUUGCCCCCGCGCUCGACUAGCUCGGAAAAUAACAAAUUGUCAAAAUGAAUGUUUACCAAUGUUUGAAGCGAGGAUUGAUUAUAUCAAUCUGUUGACGUAUACAAUGUAUAGGGGCUGUUUCCAAAAUAUAAACCACUCCCAGACUAAAGUGAUGGCAGCGUUUAGCAAGUUUUACUAACGCCAUAAAACACACUCGACUCCUAAUGAGUGAGAUCUAUGCACUUUGAAUGAUGAGAAAAUCAAAUUCACCAAUGUUGACUUGAAGUUGGUGUUAUUUACCGUAUUUAUUUAUGUUUUUUACAGUUAUUUAUUUUCUUUUGUAUGUAGACAUACACUUUGUCGGGAAAGAGGAUACAUUUUAACGCAAAGAUGUGCAGAAUUCGUACACAGUACAAAAGAGUCAAUCUUUCUAUACAAUUCUAAGAUUUAAUUACGUCAAAGGUAACCUUUUUACUAACAACCACUUGAAAUGUCUUACAUUAGAGUCUCAUUAAUAUUCUUCCAAAUAAUUAAAGUAGUUUGAUAAACUAAACAUCUUCCGCAUGAUCAACAUGAAAUGAUGUUGAUUAAAAUAUCUGUAAUGUUGAAAAGAAAUCUUCCAUUAGCUUGAUUGAAUAAAAUAAUGAUCUAUGACAUGUUUAGUGUCUCUUUA